GGACCCAACGAGCUUCACUUCUCUCGUCUCGUCUCGUCUCUUCUCUCUCCACUGUCGCUCCGCAGCUCAAAGCAGUGUCCUGUUUCGCUUCCCUCAUCCGACGGCGGCGACGAGAAGGAAAUCCGAAAGCAGAACAUACAAAGCGGGCGCAGCCGGCGAGAUCAUCCGAAACGUCACUCGACGCCAAAGAGCAAAUGGGUUUUUUUUCGUUCCUCGGCAGAGUCCUUUUUGCCUCCCUCUUCAUCCUCUCCGCCUGGCAAAUGUUCAACGAAUUUGGGGAUGAUGGUGGCCCUGCCGCCCAAGAAUACAUGUCGAAGCUCUCCACGGUCAAGCACCAUCUUGCAACUACAUUGGCAGUCAAAAUGCCAGAUAUUGAUGCUAGGCACGUCGUUGCCAUUAACAUUGUUCUCAAGGGGCUCGGAGGCUUCCUGUUUGUUUUCGGCACCCCAUUUGGUGCUUAUCUCCUGCUUGUCUACUUGGCUGUUAAUGCCCCACUUCUCUACGACUUCUACAACUACCGUCGGGGCGAGAUGGAGUACUUGAUUCUCUUGAACGAGUUCAUCCAGAGCGUUGCUCUUUUCGGUGCAUUGAUGUUCUUCCUGGGGAUGAAGAACUUGAUCCCGAAGAGACAGAUCAAGAAGAAGGCAGCUCCCAAGGCCAAAGUUGGUUAAGGCGCGUCAAGAAGCACGUCGUAUCUGAAGUUCCUGAACAUUAUAUUGAGAAGAUUAGAGUGCCGAAAACUAGUAGUUGUUUUGGUUAAUCUUUUUUAUUCUUCGUAUUUGUUCCUGGGUUUUCCCUCAUUGUAGGCUCUUCUAAUCACUCUCGAAUAGACUCAAAGAACGUUAGUGCAUCUUUUUUGUAACGAGUAUGCAGAAUUCUUUUGAAAUCGCCAUUGGACUUAUUCAUUGGCUUCUUGCAUCUUUCUGCAACCCAGAUAAUCAAUAACGAGUCAUUCC